AAUAUAGACCCCUCAAAUAUUGAGUGAAGGAAAGGCGUGGUCUAAUUGGACACUAGUCUGUAUGUAAAUUGUAGGGUAUUUGACGUCACUUCCUUGCGCUCAACUCGGCCGCCAUUUUGCGGCGGAGUGAUUGGGGGGGAAGGAGGAUCGUUGGCGGGACCGGGCAAUAGCGAAGCGGGCGUUAUCCCAAUUCGCGCACAUCCACCCACACGGUGUAGGGGGCAGAUAGGAGACGUACACACACACACAGCAGGGGUGGGGCGUUUGAUGUCACUGGUCCAUUAAGAGUGAGUAGAACGAAUAGAAUAAUAAAGGAAGAGGCGGACCCGAGUCCCACACACAGAAGAAGAGCAGCCGCCUCACCAGCGCUGUUGGCUCCGCUGCCAAAAUGUUCCAACCACCUGUUAACAGCCUGGAAAAAAUCAGAAAAGCAAGAAAAAGGGUUAAACAAAUUCUGCUUCAGAUUGGCCUUGAAAGCUGCAGAGAAUUAUUAGAGGAUUAUAGGUCAAAGACAUUUUGCUGCAGUCUUUGUAGAUUUUCAACCAAGUUGCUGUCUUCAUUCAAGAGUCAUCUAAAACGCUAUCAUGAUGAUGAAAAGGACCAGGAGCUUAUGGCUGCUUGCCCCAGCUGCCCAUUUACUUCACAGUCAAAAACUGUGGUAAAACACAUGCGGAUAUUUCACUCCAGUACUAGGAAAACCCCUUCUAAUAGCACAAGAGAGAAUGUAAAUUUGCCUAGAAAUCAUCUGACUGUCAAAUUUUCUUGUACAAAAUGUCAAUAUACAGACACUUUAUAUUACAGCAUGAAAAAACAUGUUCUUAUGACCCAUCAUGAAGACUUAGUAGUUUCAUAUUUUGGAGAAAAAACAGAUGAAGACAUUGCAAAUAUAAGCUUGAAUUCCACCAUUUCAUUUUUUAAGCUCCAGCCCGUUGAUAAAUUCUAUUGCAAGAUAUGUAAUUCAACUGCUAGCUCUAAUGAUGCACUGGUAUACCAUAUUUUGACAUCUGAAAAACACAGAGACCUGGAACAGAAGCUGAGGGCUGACAUUUUGGAAACUAGUAAAGAAAGAUCUAGAAAAAUGCUAACAAAGCCGAUGCAAACUGACUUUUUUCCUAAAAAACCUGUAUUGGCACCAAGGUCAAAUGCACCACUUGCAAUUAAUCACACCAUUAAGUUAGCUUCUGUGCCACAAAAUGGGCCUAGUCAAACAAUGUCAACUUCUGUUACCCGUACACACAACGCUCUACCAACACUAGCUGCUGUUGCAUCUCCUUCAGGAAGUUUGACACCUAAAACCCCUGCUGCAGGUUCUUCGAAUACCCAGGUUAAAUUUGUAACUGCUUCUCUUCCACAGAAUCCAAACAUCACCCUUCAAGCAUCUCUCCCUCAACAAGUGUUUGUAUCUCAGAGGUUUCCAGUUAACCAGUCUGUUGCGACAGUCCUUCCUCCAGGGUGUAUUGUUCCUACAGCUCAGACUUCAGUAAGGCCUGCUGUUCUUCCCACAUCUCAAACGUCUAUAAGACCCGCUGUCCUCCCAAUCAACCAGGCAUUGUCUGGAGCAUUGCUUCCUGUAAAUCAACCAACAAUACUUGCAUGUCCUUCCCAGACUUUGCAACCCAAUAUCAUCAACCUUAAUCAAGCAGUAAGGCCUGCAGUUUUUCCAGUAAAUCAGUCUCUGAGUUCUGAUAAUCCUGCAGCAAAUCAACCUGGGGUUGCUCAAAACACUUUUCUCACAGCCCCAAUAUUUAGACAGCUCAUUCCAACUGGUAAACAAGUAAAUGGAAUACCCACAUAUACCCUUGCACCAAUCUCUGUAACUUUGCCAGUGGCUCCAUGUUCUGUUCCUGCUGCCAACCCUUCAAAAGCACCAGUACAAAACUCACAGCCAGAUAAAGCAAUACAAGUUUCACCUUCUCUGGCUAUUGCACCCUCGCCUCCUGUUGCUCAGGUGACCCAAACACUCCAACUGAAAAGUUCAGGCCUUACUACUUCUCCAGAUGCACCAGGUAAAGAGACCAAGCUAUGGAAGACAUGCCCAGUGUGCAGUGAGCUCUUCCCAUCAAAUGUCUACGAAGUACAUAUGCAAAUUGCUCAUGUCAAAGGAGGAAAUGCCAGAACAACAGAUAAAUCAAAUAGCAUGGAAAUGAAAGAGUGUGUAACUAUUGCAGCACAAGCUUCUUUCUUGAAAGUCUUGAAAGAAAAUUGUAUUAGGUGUAUUUCUUGCAGGUGCUUAGCAUCAGAAGAACUUUUAAAACAUCUGUUGAUGCAUGGUAUGGUUUGUUUAUACUGCAAAGCUGUAUUCCAUGAACUGAGGAACUUUGUCUAUCACAUGAAAAUUAUGCAUUUGGGCAAAAAGAAAGUACAUCCAGAUUUUGCCAAGAAAGGAUUUGAAAUCCCCAGUGAUUUAAAUGGCAGUGUACUUUUCCCCCAUUUUGAUUUUAACUUAAAAGUGUCAAAGGAUGAGCUUGGAGACAAAGAUAUAAAUCUUGUUGUAGUAACAGGAACUAAUUCUCAAACUGCUGCUCCCAUAUACAUUAAAAUUCAGAAUAAAAAUAAUGAUUUAGGUGACCAGCCAACCUCUAAAUGUUCCUUCUGCAACUGUGCUUUAUCCAACACAGAGAGGUAUGAGACACAUUUAAAAGAAAGGCACCAUAUCAUGCCGACUGUACAUACAAUUUUAAAAAUGCCAGCUUUUAAGUGUGUGCAUUGUUGUGGAGUCUAUACAGGGAGUAUGACACUGUCAGCUGUUGAUGUGCACUUACUUCGAUGUCGCAAUGCACCUAAAGACAGCAGCUCUGGAAUGGAGUGUAACAUUGAAGAUAAUGUCGGGAAAAUGCACGAUUACGCAAAAAGUAAACCGAUUUCUUUUUCUACUGCAAAUCAAUCACUUUCUCAAGCAGAGAUAAAAUGUACUCCUCAAGCAAGCAGUACAGAUAAUGUGGAAAAUGAGUUUUCUGUGCCUUCAAAAAGAAGAAAGGUUGAAGUAAAUAUGGACCCUUUAGAAAAGCCUAAAGAACUUUCUCUUGAUAUCCUUGCUUUGGUCCCGAACCAAUCGGAAACUUCCUAUGACUACAAGAAGGACUUUUUGAUUAAAUAUUUCAACACAAGGCCAUAUCCAAGCAAGAAAGAGAUAGAAUUGCUGUCCACACUGCUAGAUAUGUGGAAAAGCGAUGUUGCCUCAUAUAUUGGCACUAGGCGAUACAUGUGCAUGAAAGCGCUCAAGAACCAUAAACAGCAGGUGCUACUUGGAUUUCAGAUGUCUCACCUUAAAAAAGUGAAGCAUAAUUUAGACUUGAAUGAAGAUUACUGAUGGCAUUUCCUCUGAUACUUGACAUAUAGGCCCUCACUUUGCAGAAUAGCAUGGAUCUAGUUUGUAUUCAGUGUGUGUAACUUUCAAUUACAACUUUUUAUCCAAAAAAUCCACAACCUUAAGAGUUUGUCAUUUUCCUCCCCCCCCCACCCCAUUCAUCUUGCUUGCUAUUUAAGCCUACAGUGUUAAUUCCUCAGGUAUAAGUUAUGUCAUAAGUUUUGUCUGCCAUUUUUACAUGUAUCCCAAUGUUAAGCUUUAUUAUUUUGCCAGGUUUUACACUUGAACUAUUUUAACCAGUUCUAUGUGAAGCUGUACACCAAGUGCAGUAUGAUAAACUGUAGCCUUUGGAUUUUAAACUAUUAAAUACAUUGUUAAAAAGAAAUUCA